AUGGCUAGCGAGCUUGAAAUUGCUUUCUAUGAUGCAUUCUUAGGGCAUUGCUUCAGUGCCGCGGCCCUUGGGUUACUUUUCUAUGAUCAUAUUAUAACAUUUGCGGACGAAGUUAAUCUUAUAUGGCCAGCCAAGUUUGGAGUGGUCAAGUUUAUUUUCUUCGUCAACCGAUACAUUGGUUCGGUUUGGAUUGCUGUUGCGUAUACGGCCAGCUCUGGAUUCGCAACUUUUCUCACCCCUUCACACACUGCACUGGUUACACUUUAUCUCCCUCGACCUAAACAUUCUAGUUGCCGUGCUUGGAUUGUCGCAGAUACCUACAUGGAGAUAACGAAUAUACAAUUAUUGAAUUUCAUAAUCAAUAUUCGUGUAUACGACAUUUGGCAAAGUCGACAGCUUGCAUUUUUGGUGUUGAUACCCCUAUGGAUUGUCCAUCUCGUUGUGGAUUAUACUGUUGUCACCAUCAACGCCAUUCGUACUUCCCCCCAAUAUGGGUAUUCACCUGCCAUGAGUAUGUGCACUGCUGACCCAAGGGGAUUAUGGAUUGUUUGGCUGAAUGGAAUCGCCUACCAUUCUCUCAUAUUACUUCUUCUGAUAUGGAUUUGGUUAUCGACUCCUAGAACCGAACAAACACCACUGGUGCGUCUUGUCUUACGAGACGGGUUCAUAUACUUCGUUGCAAUCCUCUCUAUGAUGAUGUUCAAUUUGAUGGUUUGGCGUUACGCUCGGCCAUCAAUGGUUUUGCUUCCAUAUCACGUCGUAUGGGUGUUCCUCAACGGCUCUCUCUCACGGAUUCUUUUAUCAUUAGGAAGUGUUCAAACAUCUGAGGAAUGGGGGCAAAGAGCAAAGCUGAGAUUCAUACCAGGCCAAAUCGAGCUUGCCAAUGUUUUCGGUCAAGAAACAGUUCCAACCUACAUAAUCAAUGACGAGCACGGCAAGCUUAUCAAAUCUCGUACUGUGCAGGUUAUGUAA